CCAAACUUCUCUCUCUGGUCUCUGCUUGCCUGCCUGCCUGCCGGUCUAGGAAAAUCUAGCUGGCGGCCAUGAUCCAAUCCAGACAUGCACAUAUUGGCGAGUCAGUCGUCAAAAACUCCCUAGUACCCCCAUGCACCCCCAUCCAUCCAGACAGACAGAAACAAACAAACACACGUUCGCGCAUCCACUCGUUGACGGACAGACACAUCUCUGACGGACGGGACAGCAGCUGGCCGUCAUCGCUCCCUCACGCUCUCACACACUCGCACCCAGUCAGGGAGAGGCCGGUUGGUCAGCUAGUCAGUUAGCUAGUUAAUCAGCGCUGGCCUCCUUGAGGUAAGCGAUGAGGUCUGCCCUCUCAGCCUCCUUCUUGAUGCCCGCGAACACCAUCUUGGUGCCGGGGAUGUACUUCUUGGGGUUGAUCAGAUACUCCCACAGAUGCUUCUCGCUCCAGAUGAUCCCUGCCACACACAAACCACACACCAUGACAUACACACACACUUGCCAUCCAUCCAUCUGUGGGCCUCCCUCCCUCCCUCGCUGUCUGUCUGUGUGUCUGUGUGACCUGAGAGCUUGUUGGCUUCUGAGUACGCGAAAUCGGCCUGGCCCGACUGCUUGCCGAUGAAGCCAUACAGAUUGGGACCCUGCUUCUGGCCGCCACCUGCACACACACAGACGGAGAUCCACACACAGAGAGACACACCGAGGGAUGGCGGGUCGAUCUCGCGUGUCUUCGCCCUCCCACUCGCCCCUCUGGCUGUGGGCUUACCCUUGUUGAGGGUGUGGCACUGAGAACACUUGGACUUGAAGACCUUGGCUCCCUUCUUGGCGUCGCCCUCAGGGACCUCCACAUCUGGCUCGGGACGAGUGCUCAUUCUGGUGCUUGAUAGCUAUCUGCACAGAGGGAGCAAGGGAGGGCUGAC